GGGCCAACCUUAUAUUUAACCCAAAUAUAUGGUUGGCUUGUUUCAAAACCUCCAAAGAAUCCAAAUAAAAUCCCUACCAAACCCUAUCUAUCUCUUCUCUGCUCUGCUCUUUGUGUAACCAUAGAUUUUGUGUUUUGGAAGUACGAUAGGAGUCAUUCAAGAUUGUUUCGUGAGUAAAAUAUAGUAUCAGGCAUUGCUUUGCAGAAGUAGCAUAAGGGAGAAGGGUUAACCGUUCAAAUUAACUUCAUUCCUGAAUUAUGAGAAUCCAUCGACUAUUGGACCAUACACAAAUUUAAUUUGCAAACCUUGCUAAUUAUCGAGGAAAAAAGCUUCUGGAAUAAUUGCCUACACUAAUAUUGGUUGCGAGGGCUUGAAAAUUUUCUUACUAAAUUUCAGUCCGCAAUAUUAUAACCAGGUAGUGGCACCUAAAUCCUCAGUCACUUAAAUAUGUGAUCAUGGACCUAUGGAUAUCGACAAGGUAUGGGCUGCAGUUACAGGGGACAAUUCCAUAUUAUGUAUUGUGAAGCGUUGGACUGAAGCUAGAAGACAAAGCAAAGGUGUUUGUAGUAGUGUUUUGAAGAAGAUAUGUCGUGAUAAUGGUAUCCCAAGGUGGCCAUACCGUAAGUUCUUGGCAGGAAGGUCAGUUGAGGAUAUCAAACGAGAAGCAAUUAAAGAUAAGGAUUCAACCAGAGAUAAGGAGUCAACUGAAGACCUUACAAAGCCAUCAAACGACAAUAACAAAAGUUUGCCAUCUAGUGGAGCUCCAUCUUUGGGUAUAUCAUUGACGCAAAUGCCAGAAUCCAAACCUGCAACUCUGGGCAUGCAAAUUGAAAGCAAAGUUGACACUACUAUUAACGACAUGGGUAGAUGGCAGCAAGGAGUUUCUACUUCAGGUACUGUUCUACAACCUUCUGGCACUAGACCCCCUCAAACUGUUCGGCAACAUCCCUAUCACUCAAGUCAUAGGGUAUCUAUUCAAACAUACCUUGAUGAAUUCAAACAAGGAUUCCCAAGAAAUGGCUUGUCAUCAGUUUCUAGUCAAUGGUGGAGUAGUAGCGGGUCUCUUACUGCUCAGAAUGCAUCUGAUGAUUCACAGAGAAAUGAGACAUUGUCAGUAGGUGGAACAUCUGACAAAUCAGAAGGCAAUGAAGCUGGAAAUGCAGUUCAAGAAAAUAGAAAGCUCAAUUCUGAGAGUGAUGGAUUUUUGAAGUCUUUGAGUAGUGAUAUUUCAAAAACUCCUGGUCCCAUCAGAUUGCAUGAUGAGGAUUUGAUGCAUGUCACCUUACUUUCUAGAACUAGAAAGAAGAAUGCAGAAAAUGGAAGGAAAGCAUUGAAACUGGCUGUAACUAAUGGAUAUGGUGCAUAUAAACUCGAGGAAAAAGACAAGUUAUUGCUCAAACAAGUUUUUGGAUCUUCCUUUCCAAGGCAAUGGACGGCAAGCUUGAGUUAGUUCGAGGUUGUGCCAUGCUGCUUCAUUGUAUUUUAGCAUUAUCUUCCAAAACCUGUAAGAAAAAGUAAUAUGUAUACUAUUGUGCAAUGAAUUUUGCAGUAAAUCAAUAUUUUAAUGAACUUGUGUUUGGAAGUGAAAGAUGUAUGUAGACUUUAGAACCUACUUCCAAGAGUGCCCGCUGAUUAUUUAGAAAUGCAGAUUAUCCCAUGAUAUUGGCCUUUAGUUGGUCAUGAAGUUCACCUCGGAAUUGACUUUUUUAUUAGAAAUCUUGCGGAGUAACACAAUUGUUAAUUAGCUUGAGCAACUUCACGAAAUACAUGCUUUGGUGCAUAUUAACAGGUGCAUUGCAGUAGGCAAUGGACAAUUAGUACAUAGCUAGUUUUAAAGGGUAAUCCAGUUGGUUGUUGCUUUUGUGUUUAAAAGCUGUUUUCUCCUUGAGAUAAGACACUGAAAAAACAGAUUUUAUUUUGUAACAAAAAUGUGAAAAAUCUAUCAAACUUCGUUUUA